GUUGAGAGAAACGAAGGAGUCCCCCUAUGCACUUUUGAGCCUAAAGGGACCCUACCUCGAGCCCCAAGGGACCGUACAUUCGGGACGGGGAGGCAGAGAGCGAUCCCCAGGUUCUUGAUAAUGCAGGGAGCUGGGGAAGUGGCACCCAUUGCCCGAGGCGGUGGCGCGGGCAACUCCAGCGCCAGCAGGGUGGCUCUUACCCGGAGGGUGCCGAGCUGCGGGCGGUCGGCCCGGGCGGCGGCUGGAAUCCAUCGGGCGCUGCCGGGCUGCGCUCACCCUCGGCGGCAGGUUUGGGCUCAUGUUGCUGGGGGGAAUCUGGUGGGAAGCGCGCGGCCGGGGUCGCCCUGGCGAAGCAGGCGGGUCGGCUCCCCGCAGGAGUGUGAGCGGCGGCGGGUGGCUCGGCGCCCGGGCUCCUUCCGGGCUCCCCGCCGGCUCCGGAGGCGGCAGCGAUCACGACUGGGGGCGAGCUGCCGUGGAGACGCGGCGGGAGCCCAGGCCGCUGCGGACCACGCGAUCCCGCAGCCGACGACUAGAGCCCACCUCUGCAGAGACAAAGACACCCAAGGAUUCAGCAAGCACCAAGGAAAUGGAGGACAGACGCUGGAUGUGAAUUCUUAUGCAGUGAAUUAAACAAUGUUAUUACACAUGUAAA